AUUUAUUUUCAUUUUUGCGCCUUCUGUGAGAGCCCCCUGGGCUCCCCGGGCUUUCAGGUCCCUGUUUCUUGACGACGACACCCAUAGGCCGGGCUCCGGUUGCUCCGUCUUUUACCGUCGCUCGGUAAUUCCUUGUCUUAAUCCUGGCUCGUGUUUUGCUUUCGCGUUUGGGAUUCUCUUGAGCGUGUUUACUACAAGAUUCAGAUAUGUCCUUCAUAUUUGAUUGGAUUUACAGUGGUUUCAGUAGUGUAUUACAGUUCUUAGGACUGUACAAGAAAUCAGGCAAACUAGUGUUUCUUGGACUGGACAAUGCUGGAAAAACUACACUGCUGCACAUGCUCAAAGACGACAGACUGGGACAACAUGUCCCCACAUUACACCCCACUUCAGAAGAGCUGACAAUUGCUGGUAUGACUUUCACUACAUUUGAUCUGGGUGGGCAUGCUCAAGCUCGCAGGGUGUGGAAGAACUAUCUGCCUGCUAUUAAUGGCAUUGUGUUUUUGGUGGACUGUGCGGAUCAUGAACGAUUGCUUGAAUCUAAAGAAGAACUUGAUUCACUAAUGACAGAUGAAACUAUUGCUAAUGUGCCUAUCCUAAUUCUUGGUAAUAAGAUUGACAGACCUGAAGCCAUCAGUGAAGAGAGGUUACGAGAGACCUUUGGUCUGUAUGGCCAGACAACAGGAAAGGGCAGUGUACCAUUGAAAGAACUGAAUGCAAGGCCACUAGAAGUGUUUAUGUGUAGCGUGCUGAAGAGACAAGGCUAUGGAGAAGGAUUUCGUUGGAUGGCACAGUACAUUGAUUAAUGCCAAAAUCACAUUAGUUCAUUCUGUCCCAUGUUUGAAUAUUAAGUCUGCUCCUUAUUUGAUCACUCAGUGUAUGUAACUUGAAUUUAUUUGACUGUUUAGUUAUAAAAAAAAUAUGUUUUUAGAUAAUUAUAUCACCCAUGCUAAAUUGUGUGAGAACUGAAAAAUUAUUUCGAGCAAGGUUGUAAGUUUAAGUACCACAACAUGUUAGCUUUCUAAUCCCAUACAGCAUUCUGUUGCAACUUUUAAUUUAACAAGUCUCCAGCACCAUUUUUGACAGAAACCUUCCAGUAAAGUAUGUUUGAAUGCACUUUUUAACAGCUAAAAAACUACAGACAUGUGAAAAAUAUUUAAUGCUUAUCAUGUUAAAUUUUUUUAUGUACUUUUUUGAAACUGGUUUUAUAACUUUAGAGUAUAUAACCAUCUUUCAAGGAAUAAUAAAUAAUUAGCUGAUGGAUAAUUGCAUGAUGCCUUACAGUUUUCAAUAAUAUACUUUCUUAUGCAACGUCAUGCAAUAAAUUUAAAUCCAGUUUUUGCCAUCUUUAAUGGAAAAUGUUUCAUUUUAAUGUGUCUUAAUURGUAAGGCUGUCUGAUGAUCUGAAUAUGUAGGAUAUUCUCCAGAAGCAUAGAAGGCUACAAGGUAUUUCCAUUGUAUGUUAAAGAGUAAGGGGGAUCGUUUUUUGUUGCUAGACUACUAAAUUGUAUUUGUGUUAGAGGAUUUUACAUCAAUAGAAGAUAGAGACAUAUGCCCUUAUAACCACCACCUUUAAAAAUACAUAUAAUGUAAAUCAGCUGUGCCAAUGUAAAUCUUCAACUAAUGACAAAAGAGAUUUUGCUCAACUGAUAUCUYGAAUUAAACCCCCGAAAUAACCCGAGAAAUACAGAUUUUACUGAAGAAAUUAAAAAUAGUACUGCACUAAGUAGUCUGUGCUUAAUUUAAUUAGAUUUAGUUCUGCUUGAAGAAUUGACUGUGAAAUUGCCCAUAAACAUUUUAUCACUGUUGCUUAUAAAAAUUUGUCGGCCCAUACUCAAUUGGGUGGUUUCAUUUUUGAUAUUCUGAGCUGGGACAAGAUGGAUUAUUAUCUACAAUUUUGCCCUGAAGUCUAAUCAUAGGCUUCUAUAAUAAUAACUUGGCAGUAGCUGGAGGCCCAAGCGGCCUAUUCCUGGGCUAGAAUUUUGUUAUCUCCAGCACUUAUUUCCAGACUCUUAUGACUGUUCUUUCCCCAUCUUUGAGUGCAGUAGUUGCCUGAGAGGAAAGCAGAUUAUUUUCAAAUGAGCCUUGACUCACAUGUGCAUAUCAGCUUCUUGUCGGUAUUAGGUGACAUUGCCAUGGAGUUGUGGUUUGUGUUUUUGUGUGCUGUAGGAUGUUUUACUCUGUAAUGUAUCUCCUGAAGGUAGGGUUUCACCCCCGGAAUCACCAUUUCACUGAGGUGAGUUUGAGUUUCACUGCAGAGUUUGUUUUGCUUGUGUAAGACUAAGAACUGAUGAAAAUGGUUUGCUGAAUCCCAAGACCAGGACCUCUUUCAUUCACUAUUACARGUCUUUUCCACAGUGCUUUCGCCCUUGUAUUUUCAGUACCCAUGGCAGCAAAUGUCUUGCCUUCAUCAAGAAUUUUCUCUCUUGAUUUACCGAGUUUGGCUUGCAGAUUUAAAGCUCAGAGGCUCACAGGGAAUAGAUGACAUGUAUUCCUUCCCUACAUCUGGACUUGCAUGAUUGAAUAUUGAUGGGCAGCCCCCCCAGUCUUAAAUUGUAGAUAAGUGUAAGAUGAAUAGCACACAAAUUCUAUUUAUAACUGAAAUGUGUUACUGCUCAAACACAUGAAAUUGUUGAACCUAGUUUGUGCAUGGGAAAGUUCCCAAGUGAUGGUUAUGGGAUAGCUUUCUCAAAGGACCAACAUGAGGUAAUUCUUCAUUUAAACGAGAGAUCAGCUGGCAAGUGGCAUUUGUGCUCCAUAAGUCAGAAGUGCAGGUAAGAAGUGGGCAGUUGUCAGUGUCUGGACAUUGUUGUCAGUGUCUGGACAUUGUGCAAGUUCUUGCUUCGUACAGCAGGUAUAUUUGAAGACAUGCCUUUAUUUUUUCUAGGUUUUUCUGGUAAUAAUUAAAAUGCAGUGAGCCUCUAAAUCAACUGAAGGUGUAAACAUUAAAAACACCUCUUAGAGUCAUGCCAUGGUGCAGAGAGCCUUGCCCUGCUCAUGGGAAUGAAGCUGGAAGCAGAGCUGUCCUGCUGGGCCGCUCCAUGCGGGUCACUGCUGCUGGCUGAGCCACGGCGUGGGUGCUGAGGCGGAGCUGGGACCUCCCCUGCCGGUAUUCCAGCCAGCUGGAAUAGCGUUAGUGCAAAGAGAAGAUAGCGAGACAACACGGAGGUGAUAAUGCUUUAAAAGUGUACAUUAAGAGUAAUCCUUAGUGGUAAGGAAGUGCUCAGUUUUCAUGUUUCGUACUGUAAGAUUCUAGUUUAAAUGUGGUGGUUGUAAUAAGGGCAUGAAGAAGUCUGGACCACUUGUUGAUCCAGCUGGGUGUUGUGGUGGCUGCGUUGCAGGAAUAGCUGAUAACCCCCCAGUUGGAAACGAAUAAUCUCACUCUGUUUCACUUGGUUCAGUAGAAGAAACAUCUCCUUCCCUAGGUUGCAUUCUGUUGUGCAUAUGAAUGUGAUGGGUGUUGUGUGUCUUUGUGUGAAGACUUUACUGAUGGAAAGAUAUCCUGAUGAAAUGAGAGCUUUUUCUGGUGGUUUUCAUCCUCCUGCCACCUCCUACCAUCCUAUUC